AGAAGGACUCCGUUUCCCAGCGCGCUUCAGGGCGCCCGCGCUGCAUUUUUCCCGGAACGUCAGGAGUCCUGAUCCAGAGCUGGAAUUGCAGUAGCCGAGGCCAAGCGGCAGCGGAUGCUGAGUGGGCGGCUGGUCCCGCGCCUGGUCUCCAUGACUGGCCGCGUCUGUUCGUCCCGGCCCAGCGCGGGAUCCGGAACCAUCGGUCCGGUGGAGGCCGCCAUUCGCGCCAAGUUGGAGCAGGCCCUGAGCCCCGAGGUACUGGAGCUUCGCAACGAGAGUGGCGGCCAUGCGGUCCCACCGGGCAGCGAGACGCAUUUCCGAGUGGCGGUGGUGAGCUCUCGUUUCGAGGGACUGAGCCCCUUGCAACGGCACAGGCUGGUACACGCGGCCCUGUCUGAGGAGCUGGCCGGGCCGGUCCAUGCGCUGGCCAUCCAGGCGCGGACCCCCGCCCAGUGGAGGGAGAACCCUCAGCUGGACACAAGCCCUCCCUGCCUGGGUGGGAACAAGAAAACUCGAGGAAUCCCCUGAACCCGAGAGGGAGGAAGACCAGGAUCGACUGGGCUGGACAGGAAGAAGCAGGAGACACAGGACAUCACGCUGGAGCCAGCUGGAGCCAGGCAAGAAGAGAGCAGCAUGAGCCUGACCACAACGAAACCCAUCUAGAACCCAUCUUGUCCCAUCAGCUAGCUCUAAGACAGCCCAGCGUGAGACUCUUUUUCCCAAGGUACCUAAAAGGACCUCAACCUCCCUUAUAAUUGUCUGUUUAUUAAUAAUAUCAGUAACAACCAUUUAUUCAACGCCAGCUAUGGGCCAAGCAACUUGAUGCUCUACAUGCAUUGAUUUAGUACAUGCAGUAGUACCUAUGAGGCAGGUACUAUUAUCACCCCCAUUUUGCAGACAAGACAACCAGGCUC